ACCUCACAAACCUUCUUCAUCUCUCUCUCACUCUAAGCACACCCACACAAUUUUUGUUCCUCUCUCUCACAGUCUCACACUCACUCUCUCUCUCUCUCUAAUAACAAACAGAAAAAAAAAAAAAUGUUGGCAAUAAUUUGGAGCAAGAAAAUUAGGGCUCCUCAAUCUUCCAACCACAAUACUGAAUUAGGUCUCAGAAUCAUCACUACAGACUGUAUUCCAUCUUCCAAUUCCAAUCUCCUCAUCAAAUCCCCAAUCCUAUUCUUCCCCCAAAUCCCUAAAUCCCCAAACCCUACCUGCAGCUGCUUCCUCAAAUCCUGCCAUCUCUGCCACAAACGCCUCAGCCUCGACAGAGAAAUCUACAUGUACAGAGGAGAUUUGGGGUUUUGUAGCGUGGAGUGUAGAGAUAGACAGAUUUACCUUGACGAGAUGAAGGAAAUCGAGAUUUCCACGAAGAAAAUCCUCAAUUCGUUCCGGCACGGCGGCGGCCGCUGCGAGACCGGCAGCUUGGUGGACGAGUUCCGGCAACGGCGCCGUGGGCGGCUUUCGCCGGAGAAACGUGGCCGUGUUAUUUUCUUGUAGUUUUAAUAUAUGAGCAUUUUUUUUUGGCCUUUCUCCUUUUGCUGGGAAUAUAUAUGAGCGUGUUUGUUUUGA